UCGAGCUUCUGGGCUGAGCGUGUGCCGCGCGCGUGGGCUCCCGGCUGCUCGGCUCUCCACCGUGGAAGCCCUCCCGUCUCUAGAUGGAAUUAGUGGAGAGCGAAGCCCCUUGUGUAAGGAACAGACAUGAUCCAUGGACGCAGCUUGUUUCACAUUGUAGCAAGUUUUAUCAUCCUACACUGGAUUGGGGCAACAAAAAAAGGAGCAGAAAAGCAAAGCAGUUCAGAAGGACAAAAGACAGUUCAGUGUGGAGUGUGGACAAAAUACGCAGAAGGAGGUAUUUUCACUUCCCCGAAUUACCCCAACAAAUAUCCUCCUGACAGAGAAUGUAUCUAUAUUAUAGAAGCUGCCCCAAGACAAUGUAUUGAAUUGCACUUUGAUGAGAAAUAUUCCAUAGAGCCUUCUUGGGAGUGUAAAUUUGAUCAUAUUGAAGUGCGAGAUGGACCUUUUGGAUUUUCUCCCAUAAUUGGCCGUUUCUGUGGACAGCAAAAUCCACCUAAAAUAAAAUCCAGUGGCAGAUUCCUGUGGAUUAAAUUUUUUGCUGAUGGUGAACUUGAAUCUGUAGGAUUUUCUGCACAGUACAAUUUUACACCUGAUCCCGAAUUCAAAGAUCUUGGGGUUUUGAAACCAUUGCCAGUUUGUGAGUUUCAAAUGGGAGGAUCUGAAGGAAUUGUGGAAUCGGUGCAGAUCGGAAAAGAAGGGAAAGCUUCUGAUUCUGAGGCUGUUGAUUGUAAAUGGUACAUCCGAGCACCACCACGAUCCAAGAUAUAUUUACGAUUCUUGGACUAUGAAAUGCAGAAUUCUAAUGAAUGCAAAAGGAACUUUGUGGCUGUCUAUGAUGGAAGUAGCUCAGUGGACGAUUUAAAAGCAAAGUUUUGCAGUACUGUUGCUAAUGAUGUGAUGCUGCGUACAGGUCUUGGAGUAAUCCGCAUGUGGGCAGAUGAAGGCAGUCGAAAUAGCCGAUUCCAGAUGCUCUUCACAUCUUUCCGAGAACCUCCCUGUGAAGCCAACACAUUUUUUUGCCAUAGUAAUAUGUGUAUUAAUAAUACAUUAGUCUGCAAUGGACUCCAGAACUGUGUAUAUCCAUGGGAUGAAAAUCACUGCAAAGAAAAGACAAAAGCCAGCCUGUGGGACCAGCUUACAAAUACCAGUGGGACAAUCAUUGGGGUGACUUCUUGCAUUGUGAUCCUCCUUCUCAUUAUCUCUGUUAUAGUCCAGAUCAAACAGCCUCGUAAAAGAUUUGUCCAGAAGAAAGCAGACUUUGAUCAAACAGUAUUCCAAGAAGUUUUUGACCCUCCUCAUUAUGAGUUAUGUACUCUCAGAGGAACAGGAACUUCAGUGGACCUUGCAGAUAUUGCAGAUGACUUUGAAAAUUAUCAUAAACUCCGUAGAUCAUCUUCAAAAUGCAUUCAUGACCACCACUGUGGAUCACAACUAUCUAGCACUAAGGGCAGCCAUAGUAAUCUUAGCACAAGAGAUACACCAAUCUUGACAGAAAUUCAACCCCAGCCUGCAAAGCCCCUUAUCCAGCCUAUGAACAGAAGAAACAUCCUUGUCAUGAAGCAUAGCUACUCACAAGAAGCUGCAGAUGUGUGUGAAAUAGAUGAAAUUGAAGAGGUACCAACCACGAGUCACAGGUUGUCCAGACAUGAUAAAGCUGUUCAGCGAUUGCUUCAGAAUAGUGCAUCCAGGGUGAUUUUGAAUAUACAACUGUGACUUAUGAAAGUAUCAGCUCUGGAACUACAAGCUAGAGAUGUUCUGGACUCCAAUGAACUACUCCGAUUUCGUGGGGGGGAAAACCAUCAGUUAAUAAUAAGCAAAAUUAAUGAAUGGCAAUAAGACCCUUAUUACUAUCAUUUAUUGUAAUCAUAUUUUUCUUUUAUAUUGUUAUUUAUUUUGUUAUUUGAUUACGAAGAAAAGUUAUCCACUUUCAGGAACAAAUGAUUAAAUCAGGUAUUUAUGGAUUCAUAACCACUUCAACAGAAGUAUCAGUUAAAAACGUAUCUAAUGAUGUGGCAGAAGGUCACGCUGAGAAAUUGAUCUGCAUGUAUGUUGCUGAAUAUUUCAAUCGGCAAAAAAAAUGUUUGAGAUUCAUUGUAAAAAGCAUGCAUUCAUACUUACUGCUAUUCCAAUCCAUUUCUUUGUGUCAUAUGCUUGCUAAUUGUAAGUUUUUAUAUAAUGAUACAUAAAACAAUGUAUAAUAAUUUCUUAAACUGAGUUUUGCAGUAGUCUUUUAUUUACUCUAGCAGUUAAGUAAGGAUUUAUAGUACAUUUGCUGGGUCACAUCUAAAUGAUGAAUCAUUUUUAGUAGCUGAAAUUUGGAAAGUCAUCUAGAACAGGGAUCUCAAAACUUGGCAACUUGUGGACUUCAACUCCCAGAAUUCCCCAGUCAGCAUACAAGUCUCAAAGUUGCCAUGUUUGAAUACCCCUGAUCUAAAAAGGGAAUCAAUCAAGUAUGAAUAAAUACUGAACUUAUUUUUAAUUUCUCCCAAGAAAACCAAGUAAAUAUCUUUGUUUGUUUGUUUGUUUGUUUUAAAGAAUAUUGCACACAGUACUUUUUGAUAGAUUACAUUAGGAAUAAUGUGUAAUGUCAAAUACCGUAAGCCUUGUUCCUUAUGAAUUACAGAAUUCACAUGUCAUUUGCUGACCAUUUCUAUCUCAUUGUCAUCCCAAAUGUUGCAUAAGAAGCUCUUUAUUCACUUUAUCAAUGUGACAUAUUAUCUGAAAUAUUGAAAGCUCAAAAGCUGAAGUUCACAGAUGUUGAAAUCUCAGAAUCAUUGUGGUUUUGAAGGGUGCACACAGAUGGGUGACAGCUGUCAGAUUCAAAUUAAAACUGAUGGUAAACUAUCAAAUAUUGUAAAUUGCUAAAUGUAGUCAGUGUUGAAAGUUAUUAUAGAUUGAUUGCAAUUAUUUAAUAUUUGUAAUUUUUUAAAGUAAAUUUCUAUUACCUCAAAUAGCAUAUUUUUUAAUGUGUACUUUGGAGUAACUACUUUUAUAAACAAAGCAGUUGAGUAAAAAGUGUUUCCCUCAUUGGCCUCAAAGAACAGAAGGCAUUCAAAAUAACUUUAAAAAUAUAUAUUCACAAACAAAUCUCAUGAUAUUCAUUGGCACUUAAUCUCAAAGUCUGUGACAUUUGAUUGCACUUCCAGUAUAGAGUAGAAGUUAUGCUGGAGGAAGAAAGAAUGGAUAUAUUUGUGUGUAUUUAUGUAAAUUUUAUUAGCGGUAACAUUGACUUAAAUUUUGAAGCUUCUACUGCAAAGAAACCCCUCUUUUAAAUAGUCAAUUUGCUUGCAUUUAAACUAAA